AUGUGUUUACUAAACUUAAUGUCGUUUUGGAAUCAAUACGGAUUUGAUCCAAUAUAUGCUAGAGGUUCAUCAGCAAAUCAUUCUUAUAGAGAAAAGCUUCAUAUUAAUAUUCAAAAAGCUUUGAAAUCAAUGGAAAGUGUUCUCAAAAAAAAUCAACCAGGACUUGAUAAUCUUUCAAAAAUGCUUGAAAUUGAUCCAGUUCUUUACCCAGUACCAUUAUUUAAAGCACCUGUUGUUCCAUCAUUCAACAGAAUCACUGAUGUAAACACCCAAAAAUUAUCAUACACAAAACCAGUUGUUGAGAUUGAUGUUAAUAUGCAUGCUCGUCCAUUUAUUUAUCGUGUCGAUGGUGUUAACUUUAUUGGUGAUUUUGCAAUAGAAGAUAUUUAUGGUCCAAGAAUGGUUCCAAAAGAAAAAGAUCAAAUUACUGAUUGUUAUGGUUUCUAUCUCAAAACACAACCAAAUAUUCAAAUAAAAUUAAGUGAACCAAAAUAUGUUAGUAUACGUUUAUUUACAAAAAUGGAAAGUAAUGAAUUCUAUUUAAAUGCAGGAAUGUUUGGAGAAUUUGAAAAGCACGAUUUUGAAAGUGGUAGUCUUGCUUCAACUCUAAUGUAUGCUGGUGAUAGAGAACUACCAUGUCGUGAAAAAACAAAUAAGUACUCAGGUUUUUGUAUUUCAAAAAAAUCCGAAACCCCUAUUUCUCUAUUUCAAGUUACAGCUAAUCCAAGUAGUUCAGGUAUAUUGAAUUUUGACAAAUUAUUAUUUUUAGAACUUGUAAUUUCUGAUAAUUAA